AUGCGGCACGUGUCAGACUAUGUCUACGAUGCUCUCCCAAGACAUGGGACGAUCCGCAUCCUUGUGCUGAGCCCCGCCAUCGAUUUCCAAGCGCCAAUCGAAGCUUAUUUCGAGUACGACGACCAAGAAUUGUCUCAAAACAACACGACUUCGUCAGCAGGCUUCAAUGCAGUGUCAUACUGCUGGGGAGAGCCUAGUUUUACGCAUAAGAUCUUCUUUAAGAGUGGGUCCCUUGGGAGCACGGCGUCAUUGGCUAUUACCGCAAAUGUCGACUGCAUGCUUCGGCAUUUGCGGAAGCCUUACAAAGAGAGGCGCCUCUGGAUCGACGCUAUAUGUAUCAACCAGGCUGACGUGGAGGAGAAGACUGUCCAAGUCCGCCUAAUGGGCAACAUCUACAGGGCUGCUCUCAAAGUCCAUGUCUGGCUGGGCGCCGGGGGCACAUUCGACGCGCAAGCAGCUUUCUCGUAUCUGAAGCGGCUCGUUGUUACAGACGAGCUAAAGUGGGAUUCUUUGUUGAAGUCAACGCAACACCACGAGAGCUAUGAGCCUAUAAAGAUAGCCUUGCAGCAGUUAUUCCUCAACCCGUGGUUCGCACGGCGCUGGAUCCUGCAGGAAAUU